UCUCAACGGUUUUUUCGUUAAUACAAGACAGAGUCUUUCAGGAUGUCGUCUUGGAUUGUCAUCGUAGCUGGAGUAUCAGCGAGUUUGGCUUUACUAUCAGGUGGAACAUUUUUUGGUUGGACAUCACCAGCAUUUGCCUUGUACAAAAAUGAAAAUGGAACAUCAUAUAUGAUAUUAACUGAAACAGAAGAAUCAUGGAUAGCAGCAUUACUCUCAAUAAGUGGUGCACUUGGUAGUGCUUUAUCAGUAAUAUCAACAAACAAAUUAGGAAGAAAAUUUACAAUGCUCAUUUGGGUUAUUCCUGCAUGUCUAUCAUGGCUACUUAUUGCACAUGCAACUGAACCUUGGCAACUUUGUUUGUCAAGAUUUAUAUCUGGAAUUUCAUUGGCAUCAUGGUUCAUAGCAACACCAAUGUAUUUGAGUGAAAUAUCACCACCAGAAAUAAGAGGAAUAUUAAUGACUGGCGCACAAAUGGCAUCAAAAUUAGGAAUAUUAUUUGAAUAUUCAUAUGGUCCAUUUUUAUCAGUUAAACAUGGUGCAUAUGUGUCAUUAUUAUUUCCAUUAUUAUUUGGAUUGACAUUCAUAUGGUUACCCGAAUCACCCUACUAUUUUAUUCGUCAUGGUAAUCGUAUAAAAGCUAAAAAAUCACUUUUAAAAUUUCGUGGAAAUCAUAGUAAUGUUAAUGAUGAAUUAGAAAUGAUUGAAAAAACAGUUAAUACAACAAUUUCACAAAGUUUUGGAUUUAAAGAUUUGUUAAUUGUAAAAGGUAAUAGAACUGCAUUAAAAAUAUCAUUGACAUUAUUAAUAAUACAACAGUUUACGGGUAAUCAAGCAAUCAUAGCAUAUGCACAAGGAAUUUUUGAUUCAACAAAUUCACCUCUUGCUGGUAAAUAUUCAACAAUAAUACUUGGUUGUUUAUCAGUUAUUUGUACAUUAAUAUGUACAAUUCUUGUUGAUAAAAAUGGACGAAGAUUAUUGCUGUUAAUUAUUUUUUUUUAUUUAAAUACUAUUAAAUUAAUACCAAGUUAUCUUAAUUUAUUACCAACAAUUGGAAUUAUGAUUUAUUCAAUAUUAUUUGCUGGACUUGGUGCUUUACCUUAUACAAUUAUGGGUGAAUUAUUUCCAACAAAUGUUAAAGCAUUAGGUUGUUCUGUUGGCAUUGUUGUUGUAAGUUCAUCUUGUGCAUUUGUUGUAUUAUUACAUAAAACAAUUUGUCAAUUAUUUGAACAAUAUGGACUUUUUUAUAUGUUUACAUUUUAUGCUGUGUCUUCUGGUGUUGGAGCAAUUUAUAUUUAUUUUUGUGUACCAGAAACUAAAGGAAAAACAUUGCAACAAAUUCAAAAUGAACUACAUGCUGUUAAGAAAUAA